AUGCCGAUCUGGGAUUCAGUGUGUCCGCAAGAGCUUGCAGAAUUAACAUGGGCACCCCCGAGAGACAAACAAGCUGAAGCUGCUGUGAAGGAGGACACGUCACGCAGUGUCGAAAACAAGAUCAAAGUCGAGAACACAAGCUCACAAAGUUUCCCUACAGGUGACGCCAAGAAGGGUGCCGGUCUCUUCAAGACGAGAUGCCAGCAAUGCCACACCGUCGUCGAGUCAGAAGGCAACAAGAUCGGUCCUAACCUACACGGUCUCUUCGGUCGCAAGACCGGUUCAGUCGAGGGUUUCUCCUACACCGACGCGAACAAGCAGAAGGGUAUCACAUGGGACGAGAACACUCUGUUUGAAUACCUCGAGAACCCCAAGAAGUACAUUCCCGGCACCAAGAUGGCCUUCGGUGGUCUCAAGAAGGCCAAGGACCGAAAUGAUCUGAUCACUUGGUUGAAGGAGGAGUGCUAG